AUGGUCCAUAUAGCCGUCGAAGGAUGCUGUCAUGGACAGUUAAAUAAGAUCUAUUCUAUGUUGAUUUCGUCUCAAGUUGACUUGCUUCUUAUAUGUGGAGAUUUUCAAGCUAUUCGAAAUCGAGGUGAUCUCCAAGGAAUGGCAGUUCCUGCCAAAUAUCUUCAAUUGGGAGAUUUCCACGAGUAUUAUUCAGGGAAAAGAACAGCACCAGUGUUAACUGUAUUCAUAGGUGGGAACCACGAGAGUUCCUCCUAUUUGAAGGAGUUGAAAUAUGGUGGAUGGGUAGCCCCUAACAUCUACUUUUUGGGGGAAUAUGGAACAAUUUGGUUUCGCGGACUUAAAAUCUCGGGGUUAAGUGGAAUCUAUAACUCCAAAAGUUUCCUGAUGAACUACUAUAAGGAUGAAAUCCUACCAUACACUGAAAAAUCAAUUAGAACUGUAUAUCAUGUGAAUCCAAAGAACACACUCAAAAUGUUGUUGGAAGAGACACCGGGUGACAUUGUGUUGUCCCAUGAUUGGCCUCAAGGUAUUGAACUCCUAGGAGACUCCAAGAGAUUGUUUCAAACCAAACCACACUUUAGAGCCGAUUCCAUCAAAGGAUAUCUAGGAAGUCCCGUAAACAAAUGCCUCCUACAGUAUUUGAAGCCUCGGUAUUGGUUCCUGUCUCACAUGCAUGUACGGUAUAGGGUUAAGUUCAAACACCAACUACCUUCGACCCAGACACAAAUACCAACGAAUAAUAAGGACUUAAUUGAUUUAGAUAUGGAUGAUGACGACAUCAAUCCCGAAAAGAUAGAGUUAGAUAUGGAAUCAGAAGAUGAAGAUUUGAAACCUAGUGCCACAAAACAGACAGUUUCAUCUCCUGCACCGAAAAGAGAUACUACUGAGUUUCUAGCCCUUGAUAAAUGUCUUCCUAAACGAAAGUAUCUUGAAUUUCUAGAUAUUGAACCUGUACAAGAUCACCCAUCUAUUCUGCAUCCAGACAGUCUCUUUUACGAUCGCAGGUCAAUUUGCAUUAACAAAGUGGUUGAAACGUUUAUUGUUCAAAACGAGAAGGAAUGGAAAUCGCUUAAUUCUCGCUCUUUGAUUGGAAAACUGCCGGAAAAGACACCCAUUUACAUAAAACUUAUGAGGCUUAUUGCCAAAGAAUUGGAAUCUGAGAUAAAAUUUGCCGAUAAUGACGUAGCAUUACGUAUUCCUGAGAACUUUGAGAUUAUAGCGCCGACUUUGUCCCAGGAAAAAAGCGAUUUGGAUCACAAACAAGUGCUAACCUAUUGGCCCAACAACCAGACAGAACAAUACUGUAAAACUUUUGGCAUUCCUAAUAUCAAGUACCGGUGGUAG